UUCUCCUCCACGUGGGGACGCAGGAUGGCGGCGGCGGUGGUGGAAGAGGCGGCGGCAGGCGACGUGCAGCGGCUGCUCGUACAGUUCCAGGAUGAGGGCGGUCAGCUGCUGGGCUCCCCGUUCGACGUGCCAGUGGACAUCACGCCGGACAAGCUGCAGCUGGUGUGCAACGCGCUGCUGGCCCAGGAGGAGCCCCUGCCCCUGGCGUUCUACGUCCACGAUGCUGAGAUUGUGUCCUCCCUGGGGAAGACGCUGGAGUCCCAGUCUGUGGAGACAGAGAAAAUCGUCGAUAUCAUCUACCAGCCCCAAGCUGUCUUCAGGGUCCGGGCUGUGACGCGGUGCACCAGCUCAUUGGAGGGUCACAGCGAAGCUGUCAUUUCUGUGGCCUUCAGCCCCACAGGAAAGGAAUGGAGAGUCUGUUCCCAGAAGAUGGUUGGCUAGGCAGCAGGAAUACCCAUGCGCAGUGUCUCAGGGUGGGCCCCACCACUGCAGCAGUCAAGCGGCCUCUCUUCCCCAGGUACCUGGCCAGUGGUUCCGGAGACACCACUGUGCGCUUCUGGGAUCUCAGCACUGAGACACCGCACUUCACAUGCAAAGGACACCGGCACUGGGUCCUUAGCAUAUCCUGGUCCCCAGAUGGCAAGAAACUGGCCUCAGGCUGCAAGAAUGGCCAGGUUCUGCUGUGGGACCCAAGCACGGGGCUGCAGGUGGGCAGGACCCUCACUGGCCACAGCAAAUGGAUCACAGGCCUGAGCUGGGAGCCCCUUCACAUGAACCCCGAGUGCCGCUACGUGGCCAGCAGCUCCAAAGACGGCAGUGUACGAGUCUGGGAUACAACCGCAGGCCGCUGUGAACGCAUCCUCACGGGACACACGCAGUCAGUCACCUGCCUCCGAUGGGGAGGAGAUGGGCUUCUAUAUUCUGCUUCCCAGGACCGAACCAUCAAAGUCUGGAGGGCCCAUGACGGUGUGCUGUGUCGUACUCUUCAAGGUCAUGGCCACUGGGUGAACACUAUGGCACUUAGCACAGACUAUGCCCUGCGCACAGGGGCCUUUGAGCCUGCUGAAGCCACAGUGAAUGCCCAAGACCUGCAGGGGUCCUUGAAGGAGCUGAAGGAGAGGGCAUCGAGCCGCUACAACCUUGUGCGGGGCCAAGGCCCAGAGAGGCUGGUCUCUGGCUCAGACGACUUCACCUUAUUCCUGUGGUCCCCAGCAGAGGACAAGAAGCCCCUCGCCCGGAUGACAGGACACCAGGCCCUCAUCAACCAGGUGCUCUUCUCUCCUGACUCGCGCAUCGUGGCCAGUGCCUCCUUCGACAAGUCUAUCAAGCUGUGGGAUGGCCGGACGGGCAAGUACCUAGCUUCCCUGCGUGGCCACGUGGCGGCCGUGUACCAGAUUGCCUGGUCAGCUGACAGCCGACUAUUAGUCAGCGGCAGCAGUGACAGCACGCUGAAGGUGUGGGAUGUGAAGGCCCAGAAACUGGCCACGGACCUGCCUGGCCAUGCCGAUGAGGUAUAUGCUGUUGACUGGAGUCCAGAUGGCCAGAGAGUAGCAAGCGGCGGGAAAGACAAGUGCCUCCGGAUAUGGAGAAGAUGACUCCACAGCUUAUUGACCCCCCCUCCCCGGAUUCAACCCCCACCUGCCCUGCCAGAGACCAAGGAAUGCACACGACCACCUGCCUGCCCAGGACAGGUCUCCAGUGUGUGACAGUCAGGACAUUACAGCGUGGAGCUAAGCCAUGGGCACUUCCUGGCAGUGGGGAAGCCAGGCAUCUGGCUCCCAUGUCCUUUUCCAAGGGUCAGCUGUGAAGGCCCAGACCCUAGGCUAUGCGUGUGUCCAAAUAAAUAACUUAUAUUUUUGUGUUCA